AUGGGACUCUGGUCCAAUGAAGGCGUCACGCAUAAUGUGUGGACGGCCUACAUCUUCACGCUCUUCUUCUGGUCUGCUCGAAGUAUCUUGUUCCAACAAGUUGUAGCUGGCUACGUGUUCGUAUUGACAGAAUCGAACAAGCCUGUGGGUAUCGUCAAGGGCAUCCAGGGCAUCUCGCAGCUCUUGUUUUCGCUCCCAGGCGGCUAUUUCGCCGAUCACAUCCGCCGCGAUACUGUCCUCAAGCUCUCAGGCGCUAUCGGCGUUGUGGGUGCCGUUAUCACCUUCUUUUCCGUCGAAUUGACAUCUAUCAAUGCAUUAUACGUGGCCUUUGGGGUCUGGGGACUCUUUGCAGCCUUCCAAAGCCCCGCAAUGGAGGCUCUUUUCGCCGACUCGAUCCCUCCCGGAAAGCGCAGCUUCCCGUUCAUGAUCAAGUACAACAUCAGCAACUUGGCACAGAUGCUGGGACCUAUGUUGAGUAUUUGCCUCUUCUUGUUCUACGGAGAUCAGUGGCAACUACCCGAACUUAAACCAGUACUCGAGUUCGGAUGUGUAUUAGCUGUCAUUGGCUCAGUCAUUCUAUUCCAAUUCGAUGACGACCGUGCCAAGGAUUACCAAAUAAAUAAGACUGCAGCGGAGAAAGAACAAGAAGCUUUACUGGAGCAAAUGGUGCAGCCUUCUCCACUGCGUACUCCCAAACUUGUAGGCAACGGCAGUGAGAUCGACAUGGUAUACGACUAUCCGGAUGAAGAUGACAUCACAGUGGAUGAUAACUCUCCUCCUACUGCAACGGAGAAUACCGCACUAUUACUAUUAAAGGGGAAAACCGCACAGGAGUUGGAUCUGGAACGGCAACAACGUCUACAGGAGGUGGACGACGAUGAGGAAGGAUACAUGGCUCACAUUGAUGCCAAGUUCCUCUGUUUCCGCACCAAACACGUGCCUUAUAUCCUGUUCGUAUCGGACUUUAUUAUCAGCAACGGAGCUGGUAUGACAAUUAAUUUCUUCCCGUUAUUCUUCAAAGAGGAAUACGGUCUCACGCCCAUCCACGUCUGCGCGCUGUUCAUGAGCCAGCCGCUCGUCGUUAUGAUCCUUUCGUUUGCUGCACAACGUCUGUCGAAGUCCUGUGGCCGCAUGCCCAUUAUCGCUUUCACCCGAGCAUUCUCCGUGGCGUGUCUCUUCUCGAUGGCAUAUGCGCAACCCAUGGCUCUCCAAAUAGUGUUAUUCCUAAUGCGAGGGGGCAUGAUGCGCUGCUCUCAGCCUUUGCGUCGCUCGAUCCUGAUGGACUAUGUGCCCAAGAACAUUCGAGCGCGCUGGAAUGCGUUGGAAGGUCUAUCAGUGUUUUCGUGGUCGGGCAGUGCAGUGCUGGGUGGCUUCUUGAUCGAUGCGUAUGGCUACCGCAUGUGCUUUAUUAUCACGUCGCUCGUUUAUUGCGCUGGCUUGAGUUUGGAGAUGUUCCUUCUACCUCUGACCAAGCACGCCGUUGAGAGAUAA